CACUCCCUCCCUCCCUUCUUCGUCACCGCCUAGAGCACAGCACGGUCCGUGUGUAAGAGCGGAGUUUCAAACCAGCAUGCCGAAUGUGGAGGUGUGCCCGCUUUCCGAUAGUGUACGCUAAGGAAGGACCCUCCCUGGCCUUGGCCUUGCCCUGCCCUGCCUACUUUGGCCUCGUGGGUUCGUAAGGCGGUGACAGUGAACACUAAGGUAUCCCUUCUGCCAACCGAACCUUUCCUCCCCCUCAAGAUUCACCUUGACCUUGACCUUCACCAUGCCAGCCCACCCGCACCUAGGCUACUGCAACCCCGUCAUCCCCGAGCUCGCCGAUCCAGGCGUGUACUAUGAUCCUCAUUCCAAAAAGUACUAUGCCUUUGGUACCAAUGGCUGUGGUAAAAAUAUACAGGCAGCCUACAGUGAUGACUUCUGUAGCUGGACAAAGUGGGAUCAGGAAGUCUUGCCGGGACCGUUCCCUCCUUGGACUGGGACGGAGGGCUUCUUCUGGGCUCCCGAAGUCAUCUCAGCUCCCGAAGGUCGUCCAGGUCACCUAAUGUACGUCUCUACUCAAGAUCUCGGUUCAGGUAAACAAUCCAUCGGCGUAGCCUACACCCAAGGUGGUCCUCUUGGUCCUUACAAGUUCAUCUCUCACGGUCCCCUCGUCUCCCGUGGUGAGACCGGUGGGUGUAUUGACCCUCAACCCUUUGUAGAUCACGAUGGUCAACGAUGGUUGGUCUACAAGAAUGACUAUGAUCGAAUGUACACCAAGGGACCCCAAAUCUGGUUACAGAAGCUCAGUAGUGAUGGACUAGGAUUUAGUGGAGACCGAGUACCACUUCAGGCUCCCCAUGCGGGAUAUCAGGGUGAUUUACUAGAGGCUCCCUACCUCACUCAUCACCCAGAAUCGGGAACCUACUGUCUCUUCUUCUCUAGUGGAACAUUCACUACUGAUGGGUAUGCCACUUCCUAUUCCAUCUCCCGCAAUGGACUUCAAGGACCUUAUGAGCCCUCUGGCAAACCACUCCUGUACACGGAUCAUCAUCGUGGAAUACGUGGGCCUGGUGGAGCAUGUGUAGUGCAAGGUGUAGAGGGGCACUGGUUUAUAGUCUUCCAUUCAUUGGAGAGGGAGGAUGGACCAAGAGCGACGUGUGUGCAACGUAUCACUUGGGCACAGGAUGGAACGCCGGUGCUUUCUGGAAGACCUAAUGAGGGACAUCGCCUCAGGCUUGGAGCAGAGGAUGAGGAUGAUGAGGCGUCUGGACUCAAGGCAAAGGCGGGCCCUGAGCCGAGCUAUACGGCUAAAGGGGGUGGUGGUGGUGGUGGAGGAGGAGGUGCGGGAGGUGACAAGGUUAAGAGUGGACUGCAGAAGGUCUUUAACAAGUUCAAGUGAUUCCAAAGGGACUGGAGAACGUCUUGUGUCCUUGUCCGUUGUCGUCGUUACCCGUUGAUACUGCUAAUGCUAUACAUGUGUCGUCU